CCGGUGCUUAGCUAUAGACCUCACUUGCACACAGAUCCUUUGCUUUUUCUGUGUGAAAUGGAAUGUAUGGCGUUUGCUGGCAUGCAGAGAAGUGACACCUCAGCAGCAGCGACGAGAGGCGGCCGAGUUGCCGCAGACAGAAUAGUCAACAGGUCAUGGGACAGCGCUGAACGAUCUGCGAGUGCUGCUGGCAAAAGAUCUCAAUCUUCUCCCCAGAAUUAUCAAACUGCUCAUUUCAGGGAACUCAGGCCGGAAUCAAGGCCACCGGCGGCUGCUUCGGCCUAUGGUGGUGGUCAUGGCGGUGGAGGUGGCUUGACACCUACCCCUCCUGAUGAGAGAGGAGGACGAGAUGGCGGUCGAGACGCAAGGCAGCAGCAGGGCAGAAAGCGGGGGGGGUAUCCGGAAAAAGGAAGGGGUGUAAAUUCUGAGGAGCGGAAGGUUGUGGGAACUGGCAGAGAAAUGGAAGAAAGGGGGGGUAGACGAAGGGGAUUCGAUGGGAACCGACAAGAUGCACAGGAAGAGCUAUGGAGAAGGAAAGAGGAGAGAGAAGGAGAAGAAGGCGAGGUAGGGAAGCGGGGUCAGAAGCAUGAACAGAGGGGUUAUCAAAGCACCAAUUACAGUUUCGAUAAUGGUGGUCGUGAUCGUGACCGUGCAAAUGUAGGUGGGGUCUUCGAGGAGAAGGGGUAUCGAAGGAAUGGGACGUCGUAUCCACCUUCCUCACCGCCCUUUACGUCAUUUAAUCAGCAGGGGUACGACGAAGGACAGAUUGGUGACAUCCCAGCGGACUCGAUAAGCGACAGAAUCCGGAACCUAGAGCAGAAGUUGCAGGACAUGAAGGUCUGCCUUCAGUCGAAACGGCAACUAAUCCUGAGUGAUGAAAAUGACUGGAGGACAGAGACGCCGGAGGAGUUGGGAGCAGCGUCAGAUUUGUUGGAGUUCCAGGAGGAUGAUAUACUUGAGAUGCAGGCGGCUGUUCGCAGCACGAGGGCUGAGCUGGCAUCGCUAGAGGGAAGAAUGGCUACAGAAAUCAGGGAGGCUUGGAGGUUAUUAGACGAGAAAGAAAAGCAGCUGGAAGAUAUGGAGCUGGCGAUUGGUGAACUAAGGUCGGUGCGAAUCGUGUGGCCAAGUCCUGCGAUCGAUGUGGAGUUGGCUGGCUCAUUCAAUGGAUGGACGCAAAGGUUCAAGAUGAAAAAGUCCGAGGAUGGAGUUUUCUCUGUCACGCUCCAGCUUUAUCCAGGUCGAUACGAGAUGAAAUUUAUUGUGGAUGGUCAUUGGCGCAUUGACCGCUGCCGCCCAAUCUCAUACAUUGGUGGCCAUGAGAACAAUUCUUUGACUGUUAUUUGACGCGCAUUACCACAAAAUCAGGCAGCUGACUGUGCGGCUAUGCCGCUGAGGAAUUGGCGGCAAUGACAUACGCAUGUCCCUCUAAGGAAGCGGUCAUUUACACGCUUUUUUCACAUAUGCAAUUACUGACAACCAUGGCAUGGGUGUGCGAGCACAGCAUGUGCGUCUAUCUAUCCAUCUGAGUAUCUGAUUCUGUCUAUACAUGCCAGUCUAUCUAUGCCGCCUGAUAGCACAUGCCCCUUCUUUCUGAACGUGGGUGUUCAAGCACACAAUGUAAAUGUAUUUAUAUAACCUGAGAGCACAUGCCCCUCCUCCAUUAGCCCCCCUGGUCAAUCUUAUAUUCAUUUUAGUAUAUGUGCGGUAUACUCCAUCAUCCUAUACCAGUCCACAGGCGAAGGAUCCGUGUCUAGUUUGAGUGUUGUUGUAUACGUAAGAGCAAAAGGUUCCCGACUCAGUGACCUUGUGCGCCACAUACAUGUAAACCAAACCAGUCGAUCAAGCGGCGGCUUGAUCCAACCGUUUAUGAUGCUUUAAUGUUAAUGCCUCCAGCAGCUUGAUUCUGUCCUGAAUACGGUCUCCUGUAAGUAUGUGCGUGCAACUGGAUUGAACAUUAUUCUGCGAUUGAACAUUAUUCUGCGUAGAGGGCAGGGGAGGAUGGCCGUUGCACGUAGGAUCGGCAGUAUUAAGGGUCAGGUGGUAUCGGCAAAGGUAAGGUUUGCGGUCAUGGACAGAGUAAAAGAGGUUUGUUCUA